AUGUUGACAUCAAUGGCUCAUUCGAAAGCUGUGGAAUUAAAGUUGACGGGAAAUAAAUUCUACGGCGAGGGUAAAUAUGAUGAGGCUGUACAAAAAUACAAGGAAGGCCUAGCUCACAAUCAAGCAGAUAAGCAAGAUAAGCAGAGGCAAACUAAGCUAUUCAUCAUCCUUAAAAACAACCUAGCUUUGAUAUAUAUCAAGCAAGGGAAGUUUGAGGAAGCUAGGGACUGCUGUUACGAUGCUGAUGAUGCAGAUUCCAAGCUUGAGAGAACCUUUAUCCGUUGUCACCAAGCUUUCUUAGGGUUGGAUGAACAAGUGUUGGCUUAUCAUUCGCUUUGUCGAGGUCAUAAUCGUGUUCAGAGCGAAGCUAAAAAGGAACUGAUGGAGGCAAUAGAUAAAAUGAAGAAGGAUUAUCCCAGCGCAACAGUGACCCAACCCACCAAGAAUCUUACUCUCCGACAAAUAGCCUCUGAAUACUUCAGUAAAACAAACAUACCAAAAGUAUUGAAACCUGGUUUAAGCGAGAACAAAGGAAAGAAAACUGCUGGAGUCUCCGGUGACGGGUUGGAUCCUAAACCCAGCGCAGUCUGCAAUGAUGAUGGUUCAGAAUCCAGGGAACUAGAAAUCUUUUAAUGUUUAUUGUUUCAA